UAUAUGACUGUGCCUCAAGGUUUUGAGACUGAUUCUAACAGGUUUAAGGUUUGUAAGCUUGAUAAAUCCUUAUAUGGAUUGAAGCAAGCUUCAAGGCAAUGGAAUGAGAAACUUACUCAGUCCCUUAUUAAAGGGGGUUUUCAGCAAAGCAAACAUGACUAUGCCCUUUUUCAGAAACAAUUUAAUUCUGGGGUUGUGUUUCUUCUUGCUUAUGUUGAUGAUCUGAUGAUAACUGGAAGUAAUAUUCAAAUUAUUAAUGAAGUGAAAUCUUUUCUGCAUAAUGAAUUUAAAAUUAAAGAUUUAGGAGUAUUGAAAUAUUUUCUGGGUUUAGAGGUUCUAAGGUCAAAUCAGGGUAUUAUACUCAACCAAAGAAAGUAUGCUACUGAACUUGUUGACCAAACAGGAUUAGAUGAAGCUGAAAUUGCUGGAACUCCUAUGGAGCAAAACCUUAAACUCACAGCACAAGUAAAAAGGGAUGAUCAAUACAUUGAUGAUCCUAGUGUCUACAGAAGAUUGGUUGGUAAGUUGCUGUAUCUGACAUUAACCAGGCCUGAUAUGUCGUUUACUGUGCAGGUUUUGAGUCAAUUCAUGCAAGAACCUAAAGAAUCACACAUGAAGGCAGCACUAAGGCUAGUUAGAUAUAUUAAAGACAGUUCAGGCCGUGGAGUUUAUCUCUCAGCUAACGGAUCUACCAACAUGGAAUGUUACUGCGAUUCUGAUCACGGAGGCUGUAUAGAUUCAAGGCGGUCAGUCACUGGGUUCCUAAUUAAAUUAGGAGGUUCACUUGUUUGCUGGAAGUGUAAGAAGCAAAGCAUAGUGUCUAUUUCUUCCGCUGAAGCAGAAUAUAGAGCUUUAAGAAUGGCAUCUGCUGAAAUCACAUGGAUUGUAGGACUAAUGAAGGAAUUACAUGUUCAUGAGGUUGAACCUGUAACAAUAUACUGUGACAGCAAAUCUGCCAUCCAUAUAGCCUCUAAUCCUGUUUUUCACGAAAGAACCAAGCAUAUUGAGAUUGACUGUCACUUUGUAAGGGAAAAGCUACUAGCUGGAAUGAUAAAUUUCAGACAUGUCAAGUCAGAGGAGCAACUAGCAGACAUUUUAACCAAAUCUCUUGGGGAGAUUACAACAACUAGAAAACCUUCUAUAAAGCAAAGACGAGUAGUCGUGACUGGAAUGGGUGUGGUCACACCACUUGGUCAUGAUCCUGAAACCUUUUAUAAUAAUUUACUUGAUGGUGUUAGUGGCAUAAGCGAGAUCGAGACUUUUGACUGUGCUGAAUAUCCAACAAGGAUUGCUGGUGAGAUAAAGUCCUUCUCAAGUGAUGGCUGGGUAGCACCUAAACUUUCAAAGAGGAUGGAUAAAUUUAUGCUUUAUUUACUAACAGCUGGAAAAAAGGCCCUGGUUGAUGGUGGGAUUACUGAUGAUGUAAUGGAUGAGUUAAAUAAAGAAAAAUGUGGAGUCUUGAUUGGCUCAGCUAUGGGUGGCAUGAAGGUCUUUAAUGAUGCCAUUGAAGCUUUACGAAUCUCAUAUAAGAAGAUGAAUCCUUUUUGUGUACCUUUUGCUACUACAAAUAUGGGUUCUGCCAUGCUUGCAAUGGAUCUGGGAUGGAUGGGCCCCAAUUAUUCAAUCUCUACAGCUUGUGCCACGAGCAACUUUUGCAUAUUGAAUGCAGCAAACCAUAUUAUUCGAGGAGAAGCUGAUGUGAUGCUUUGCGGUGGUUCUGAUGCUGCUAUUAUACCUAUUGGUUUGGGAGGCUUUGUGGCAUGCAAAGCUCUUUCACAGAGGAAUGGUGAUCCUGCCAAAGCUUCUCGGCCUUGGGAUGCUAAUCGUGAUGGAUUUGUCAUGGGGGAAGGUGCUGGUGUUUUGCUUUUAGAAGAACUAGAGCAUGCUAAGAAAAGAGGGGCAAACAUAUAUGCAGAGUUUCUUGGUGGAAGCUUCUCAUGUGACGCUUAUCAUGUGACUGAGCCUCGCCCUGAUGGAGUUGGCGUUAUACUCUGCAUUGAAAAGGCAUUAGCUCAGUCUGGAGUAUCUAAGGAGGAUGUGAACUACAUAAAUGCCCAUGCCACAUCCACACCAGCUGGAGAUCUUAAGGAGUACCAGGCUCUUGCUCAUUGUUUUGGCCAAAAUCCUGAGCUCAAAGUGAAUUCUACAAAAUCUAUGAUUGGUCACCUCCUAGGGGCAGCUGGAGGUGUGGAAGCUGUGGCGACAGUACAGGCCAUACGAACUGGGUGGGUUCAUCCCAAUAUCAACCUCGACAACCCUGAUGAAGGAGUGGACCCGGGACUUCUUGUGGGCCCAAAGAAAGAGAGAUUGGAUAUCAAGGCAGCCUUAUCCAAUUCAUUUGGUUUUGGCGGCCACAACUCUUCAAUCAUAUUUGCCCCGUAUAAAUGAAAACACUUUUCAUGGCCUACCUUCCUGUAAUUAGGAAAAAGAUGUUCAGUAGCCUGACGUUCCUAGUUUGCUCCUUCCUCAGGUGAAAACGUAUGUUGUGUGUGAAUUGCAUUUAUUUGAUGGGACGGUGCUGCGAUAGAAGAAUCAGAACGUCCAAAGAUUUGUUGGGUGAGAUGGAGUAAAGUCUAUCCACAACUGGAACCAUAUUCACCAUGAAUGGUUAGUAUAGGAGAUGACCCACUUUGAUGUAACUCCUCAAACAACCUCUUUGGUGGGGAUAUGAACUUUUGUUUUAUUCACCAUGUACAACUAGAUAUGAACAUAGCCAAUUUGUAGUAUUUUUUGAGCUGCCUCUUUAAUUAGGUUACCCAUUUCACUAAUGUGACUUUAAUCUUGUGAGUAUAUUGUCUUUGCUGUACUUUUUAGCCAUGAAGAAGAAUCAAUCUAAUCUAAAAAGGCGAAAAAAUCCCUUGUAA